AUGGUCAUUUCCAAGACAGAGGAGGCUGCAGGGAAAGGCGGGGGCUCGGGAGCGGCGGGGGAGAGCGGGGCGAGCCUGGCGCGGAGGCUGGAGGGGAAGCCCCUGGCUGAGCUGCUGCGGCCGGACACGCUGGGGGAUUACGUGGGGCAGGAGCGGGUGCUGGGAGCGCAGACCCUGCUGCGGUCCCUGCUGGAGUCCCACGAGAUUCCCUCCCUCAUCCUGUGGGGGCCGCCGGGCUGCGGAAAGACUACGCUUGCACAUAUCAUAGCCAACAGCAGCAAAAAGAACGGCACGAGGUUUGUGACACUGUCAGCCACGAGUGCCAAGACAAAUGAUGUUCGAGAUGUCAUCAGCCAAGCCCAGAAUGAAAAAAGACUUUUUAAGAGAAAAACCAUCCUCUUUAUUGACGAGAUCCAUCGUUUCAAUAAAUCUCAGCAGGACACUUUCCUUCCUCACGUCGAGUGUGGGACGGUGACCCUGAUAGGAGCAACUACAGAAAACCCUUCCUUCCAAGUCAACGCCGCUCUUCUGAGCCGAUGCCGGGUGAUCGUCCUGGAGAAGCUCUCAGUUGAGGCAAUGGAAGCAAUUCUGAUGCGGGCCGUCAGGUCCUUAGGAGUCCAGAUUUUGAGCCAGGGCAGCAAGGACGGCAGCUCUGCAACUGGCAGCGGCAGCGAGAGCUCAGAAUUGCCCGUGUACAUAGAGGAGAAGGCUCUAAAUACCCUAGCAUACCUGUGUGAUGGUGAUGCAAGGACUGGACUGAAUGGGCUCCAGUUAGCAGUUCAGGCCAGGUUAGCAGUGGGGAAGACCACUCCUUUGAAUAUUCCGAAAGGUGGUUCUGCAGAUGGCAUUCUGAUAACAGAAGAGCAUGUAAAGGAAGGGCUGCAGCGAUCUCACAUCCUUUAUGACCGAGCAGGAGAAGAACAUUACAAUUGCAUCUCUGCCCUGCAUAAGUCUAUGAGAGGCUCUGAUGAAAACGCUUCCCUUUACUGGCUUGCUCGGAUGCUUGAAGGUGGUGAGGAUCCACUCUAUGUGGCAAGGAGGCUGGUGAGGUUUGCAAGCGAAGAUAUAGGGCUGGCAGAUCCUCUGGCUUUAACACAAGCAGUUGCUGCUUAUCAAGGCUGUCACUUUAUUGGAAUGCCAGAAUGUGAGGUCAUUCUAGCACAGUGUGUAGUGUAUUUUGCCAGGGCACCAAAGUCUAUAGAGGUCUACAGAGCAUACAGCAAUGUCAAAGAGUGUCUGAGAAUGCACACAGGACCUCUGCCGCCUGUUCCGCUGCAUCUGAGAAAUGCCCCAACAAGGCUCAUGAAGAACUUAGGCUAUGGUAAAGGCUAUAAAUAUAACCCCAUGUACAAGGAACCUGUAGAGCAGGACUAUCUGCCAGAAGAGUUGAAAGGAACAGACUUCUUCAAGGAGCAGAAAACAUGACUGUGUUGCUCGGAGUUGAUUUUGAUUUCAUGACUCAGGCUGGAAUGUACUGGGAUGGAAAUUCUCCUUGCAGUUUUAGCCUCUAUUACUGUGGUUGAAAGUAUUAAACCACUGAGCC